AUGGCUGAAGUUAAUGUCACAUGUGUCACUGAAUUCAUUCUCAAAGGAAUCACAGACCGUCCAGAACUUCAGAUACCCUGCUUUCUGGUGUUUUUAGUUAUUUAUCUGGUUACAGUGCUGGGCAAUCUUGGGUUGAUUACCCUAAUCAGGAUUGAUACUCGACUCCACACACCUAUGUACUUCUUCCUCAGUCAUUUGGCCUUUGUCGACCUUUGUUACUCCUCUGUUAUUACACCAAAGAUGAUGGUGAACUUUGUUGUGGAGCACAAUACUAUUUCUUUCAAUGUUUGUGCAACACAGCUGGGCUGCUUUCUCACCUUCAUGAUCACUGAGUGUUUCCUUUUAGCUUCCAUGGCCUAUGAUCGCUAUGUCGCCAUCUGCAGUCCCCUGCAUUAUUCAACACUGCUGUCAAAAAGAGUCUGUAUUCAAUUAGUAGCAGUUCCUUAUAUAUACAGCUUUCUGGUAGCCCUCUUCCAUACCAUUAUCACCUUUCGUUUGACUUACUGUGGUCCCAAUGUGAUUAACCAUUUCUACUGUGAUGAUCUUCCCCUCUUAGCUUUAUCCUGCUCAGACACACACAUAAAGGAAAUUCUGAUUUUUGCCUUUGCUGGUUUUGAUAUGAUCUGCUCCUCUUCCAUCGUCCUCAUCUCCUACCUCUUUAUCAUCUCUGCUAUCCUAAGAAUGCGCUCCACCCAGGGACGACGCAAGGCCUUUUCCACCUGUGGUUCCCACAUAGUGGCUGUUACUAUUUUCUAUGGUACACUGAUCUUUAUGUACCUUCAGCCCAAAUCCAACCAUGCCCUGGACAUGGACAAAAUGGCUUCUGUGUUUUACACAGUGGUAAUCCCCAUGUUGAACCCACUAAUUUACAGCCUAAGGAACAAAGAAGUGAAAAAUGCUUCCAAGAAAGCCUUGGAUAAAUGUUGUAAAACUUUAAAAACAUUAAAAUUAAGAAAAUAAUAAUAUUU